UGGCGUACCGCGGCCGGACCCCGGGGGCGCGUCCUGAGGGGACGGAACGGCCCGGCCCUCCGCCCCGCCCGGGGGAGCUCCCGCGGGGCAGGGAAGGGCAGCCCGGCCGCGGGGAGCGGAGGGGGCGGGGGGCCGCGGGCCCGGGGCCAUACGGGCCCCCAGCUUCCCGCGCUGCCGGGGGAAAGGCGUGUGUGGGGAAGCGAAGGCCGCGCAUGCGCGGGCCGUGACGCGAGGGGUGGGUCUCGUCCGCCCGGCGCUCCAAGGGCAGGCGGGCGAUGGCGGCCGUGGCGGUGGCGGCGGCGCGGGGCGGCCUGCGCGGGGCCCUGGUGGCGCAGCAGCAGCGCUGGAGCUCGGGCUCGGGCGCCGACCAGCUGGGCGAGCUGGGCAAAGGCGCCGGGAAGGGCGGCGGCGGCGGCGGCGCUAUCCGCGAGGCGGGGGGCGCCUUCGGGAAGAAGCAGGCGGCCGAGGAGGAGCGGUACUUCAGGGAGAAGGAGAGGGAGCAGCUCGCUGCCCUAAGGAAACACCACGAGGAAGAGAUUCAUCACCACCAGAAAGAGAUAGAGCGGCUGCAGAAAGAAAUUGAGCGCCAUAAGUAUAAGAUCAAGAAGCUUAAAGACGAUGACUAAGCAGAUGCUGUUCUUGAAUGUGCAUGGCCGAUAUGAUUGUGGUGUAAAACAGCAUUGAAGACUGUAUGCUUUGGCCAACAUAAUCCAAAUUCGUCCAAUUAUACUGUGGUCUGCAACAACAUCAAAUAAACUACUUGGUCUCUC